AUGCGUGUCAAUUCAGAUAUCGUGGAAAUCCUGCUAGUAAUAUGUCUGGGAAUAACAUUACGUGGAAUCACAUCCUUAAGUUCCUAUUCUGGAGCUUCAACACCGCCCAUGUUUGGCGAUUAUGAAGCCCAACGUCAUUGGCAGGAAAUAACAUUAAAUCUACCGGCAGAAGAUUGGUAUCGGAAUACAUCGGAUAAUGAUUUACUCUAUUGGGGUUUGGAUUAUCCACCGCUGACGGCAUAUCACAGUUUGGUGUUGGGAAAAAUAGCUAACCGAUUGAACAGCAGCUAUGUGGAACUGUACAACUCACGUGGCAUUGAAUCUGAUGGCCAUAAGACAUUUAUGCGCCACACUGUCCUCUGGGCUGAUCUCUUUGUAUACAUUCCAGCGUGUAUUGUCCUGGUGAAAGCAAUGGAAAAGUUCCUCACGACGAAAAAGCAACGUUUGUCCCUUUUGAUGGUGUUGAUGUGUUAUCCUGGUUUAAUCCUAAUUGACAAUGGUCAUUUUCAAUAUAAUAAUAUAUCAUUGGGUCUAAUGUUGGUGGCUGUGGCAGCAGUUUUAAGAGAUGCAUAUGUUUGGGCCGCCUUCUUCUUUUCCUUGGCAUUGAAUUAUAAACAAAUGGAGUUGUAUCAUGCCUUGCCAUUUUUUGUAAUGUUAUUGCGUGUAGCCUUUAAUGGCAGGACAUUUGGGUAUAAAAUUAUGACUCUGUUUAAAAUUGCCAUGAUUACAUUAGCCACCUUUGCCAUGUUAUGGUUGCCUUGGUUAAAAUCUAAAGAAUUAUUCUUAUCGGUAUUGGGCAGACUGUUUCCCUUUAAUCGAGGAGUGUUUGAGGAUAAGGUGGCAAAUAUAUGGUGUUCCCUUAAUGUGGUUUAUAAAUUCAAGGAAAAUGUUACCAAUUCCCAAAUGGCCAUAAUAUGUCUAGCAACAACCCUAUUAGCCAUAUUACCUUUAAAUGCCCAUGCCUUUUAUAAGGGCCAGAAAAUCACCUUUCUCUUCUGUUUAUUUAAUACCGCCAUUGCCUUUUUCCUAUUCUCAUUUCAAGUCCACGAAAAAUCAAUCCUAUUAGCUGCUCUGCCAGCAAUAUGCCUGCUGCCGCAAAUGCCAUUUUAUGUUGUGGCAUUUUUGAAAGUAUCUCUACUAAGUAUGCUACCUCUAUUCAUUAAGGAUAAAUUAUGUACGGCAUAUUUUUCUCUAAUGAUUAGUUUUACAAUUGCCCUAAGGCACUUCGUGCAAAUUGACUAUCAUAAAGAUGUUAAAAUUCAAAAAAUUCUAGAUAUUCUUAUGAUCGUUUUGGAUAUUAUUAUAUUGAUAAUAUCAUUGACUGCAAUUUUUGUACCCAGCCCCGCAAGACUACCUCAUAUUUGGUCACUUUUUAUUUCGAUUGCAUAG